CGCUCGCUCGCUCGUCCGCCCUGGUCGCAUCUACCGAUAACAACUCCCAUUGACUGUAGCCCUGAUUAUCACUCCUAUCUCACGCAUAAGCUGUAUCUCGCUUAGCACGUCGACCGUCGCACCACAAUCGCCCAAGAUCAGAAGCUAGGCUAGCUCUACACUCACACGCUCGCUCACACGAGCGUCAAGCACCAGCAUGGCUAGCUCCAAUAUCCCAUCAGCAGGAGAUCCUGUCAACGAUCAGACGACAACUCUGAACGGCAAGACCGACGCACCGGCUAGCUCGAGACGGUUCCCCGCCAGCUCGGUCGCCAGCAAGCAAGAUGGUCACGACGCUACACAAAGCUCGACUACCGCUUCCGGAUCGCCAGACGGCCUGCCGAGCUCAAAGGCUCAGUCCGGCAAGAUGGAGGAUUCCCUUGACCUUGCCGACGGGGGUGCCAACAAGCCUGCCGAUCUUGCUGCACGAAUCGAGAAAAAGCGUCUUGAGCACGAAAAGCAAAAGGCUCUACAGAAGAAAGCGUUCGAGGAUAAGAUGAAGGCCUUGGAAGAGCAGCACGAACGCGAAGAAAAGGCCCUCAUGUCCUCACGUCCCACGUCGCCUGCUACCGACGACAAAGCGACGCGUCGUCAUAGUGCUGAAGGAGCGGACGCCGCUACUGCUGCUCUCAACAAGCUAUCUCUUGCCGAAGGUAGCAACGCUGCUACUGCCGCUGCCCUUGCCAAGGCAAAGGGCGUCCCCAUCCGCAGCGGUACUGCACCUGGCGACGCGCCUCUUCUUCAAGGCUUCGUCUUUGACGACGAUCUCGAUUCCGACUUGCAAAACUCGGCCUAUGGCGGCAAGUACCUAGCACUCAAUACUGACGAUGACAAGUUCCCCAUCCUCGUCCGCAGAGACAGCUAUCCUGGCAUCCUGUCCGCAUCAUCCGCUGCCCUGGAUCUCGCACCUCUUUCGCAGACUCCUCCAAGAGCUGGCGUACGCCCAGGCGCUGAGAAUGCUCCCCGCGGCUCCGAAUGGCCUCAGUUUGCCAACGGUCAGGUUGCGGCAGACGGCCGACAACGCGGUCAGACUCACAAUGCUGCCGCCUCUGCAGCCCUCGAGAAUGUCAAGGCCGCGGCUGUCACCGAGCGUGCCUCACCUCUGCCUCGUACGCUGCCCGCACCCCGUAGCGCAUUGGGCGGAGCCACUGCGCCGACCCCAACAGAAGCUUCCCAGCCUGGCAAGUCGAGCUCACCCGAGCAGACGCGCAAGAUCAAUGGGGCCACGCCUGCGCAGCAAGGCGCCUAUAACGCUGAUGGUCUCUCCACCCUAGGCGGCAAUGGUUUUAUGAGCCGUCCAUUUGGUGGUCUUGAUUCGUCUUCCAUGAGCGGUCCCUUCGGGCAAUAUGGCGGUCUCGAUAGCCUUAAUGGCUCUGGCGUCUUCGCAUACGAUGGUGCUGCAGGAGCCGGCUAUGGCAACAACGCCCUCUUUGGCAUGAAGCCGAAGCGUGAUGUUGAAACCAACCGAUUUGCUGGCCUUCGCCUCGAAGAUCUCCAAGGCGAUAUGCCUGCCUUGUGCAAGGAUCAGCAUGGAUGUCGCUUCCUUCAGCGCAAGCUCGAAGAGGGCAAUCCAGAAUAUCGUGACAUGAUCUUCUCUGAGAUUUUCCCUCACUUUGCUGAGCUCAUGACGGACGCUUUCGGCAACUACCUAUCGCAAAAGCUCUUCGAAUUUGCGACUGACGAGCAGCGAGAUGCUCUGAUUGAUUCGAUCUCUGGCGAGCUCGUUUCCAUUUCACUCAACAUGCAUGGCACUCGCGCUGUGCAAAAGCUGCUCGACUUCUUGACUACACGCCGUCAAGUCCAGUCUUUGAUCAUGGCACUCAAUCUCAACGUCGUCACGCUCAUCAAAGAUCUCAACAGCAACCAUGUCAUUCAGAAGUGUCUGAAUCACUUGCCACCAGAGGACAACCAGUUCAUCUACAAUGCGGUCGCCACAAACUGCAUUGAAGUCGCCACGCAUCGUCACGGCUGCUGUGUCCUGCAGCGCUGCAUCGACCAUGCCUCGGAAUCGCAGCGUAUUCAGCUCGUCACAGAGAUCACGUACAAUUCGCUUAUUCUCGUUGGCGAUCCUUUCGGCAACUAUGUCGUGCAGUACGUGCUCGAUCUCAACGACAACCGCUUCAUCGAGGCCAUUGUCCGUCAAUUCGUUGGCAACGUCUGCACCCUGUCGGCCCAGAAGUUCUCGUCCAACGUCGUUGAGAAGUGUAUCCGGGUCGCUGAUGCUGCCGGUCGCAAGGUGCUCGUGAAUGAGUUCCUCAAUCGCAACAACCUCGAACGUAUGCUUCGUGACUCAUUCGCCAACUAUGUCGUCCAGACAGCGCUCGACUGGGCAGAGCCUGCUCAGAAGCAAGAGCUCGUUCGCAUGAUCACGCCACUUAUGCCUUCGAUCCGCAACACGCCCUAUGGCAAGCGCAUCUCUGCCAAGAUUUCGCGCGACAACGACAUGUCACGUGGCUCUGGCUUCCAUCCUGGCAUGAUGCAAGGUCACUUCUACAUGGGACCUCAGCCCGGACAUCACUUCAACGGCAAUCACCAUGGCAUGCCAAAUGAUGCAUUUGGUGCUCGCAGCCCGUACCCUCAUCAUCCAGGUCUCGCUGCCCAUAUGGGUGGCUCGCACGGCAGUCCUGCACUUGGCGGUCUUUACGGUCCUUAUGGUCCUGCUGGCGGGGUCGCCAUGGACUAUGGCGCACCUUCGAACGGAUUUGGCUUUAUGUAAGCUGACAGCCCCGCAAAUCGCUUCCGACACGAAGAAGCUUCACUUGACCUUGUCUUAUGAUCCAAACGCAACAAAGCAUUGAUACAAUCAAUCGUACAACUUACUGAAAUCACUGUCAGCUGUAUGCAAACCGUUUCGCUCCCUUGCGUACUGCAGGUCUUCAGUUGCGCCAUUGAGUGACCAAACGCAACCGCGAGGCCGACGGAUCAUCGGCCAAUGACAAAGGGUGCGCCUUGCCAGGUGAGCUUCGGGUCAACAGGCUCGAUUCGCUCGCCGUCAUGCCUGAGCAUGUGCCAGUAGAGCGUUUGGCCUGG